AUGCCAUUUCAAUCUUCAGUAUUACCAACGAAUUCAUCGUCGCCGCUUCAUCAACUAUUCAUCAUUUCGGGAACUCGCAUUAGAACAACGCCUGGACGCGCUGGAAAAACUGGGUUUGGAGAGACAAAAAUAAAAAACAACAUUACUAGUAUAGUCGAUGCUACUCCACCACAGGCUUUUUGGACUUAG